UGGGAUUGGAGAGAAAUUCGGAUUGAUGGAUCUUUUUCUAUUUGGAAUCUUCGUCUAGACUUGAAAAUAACAUAUCAAAACAAAAUAACGAUGCCUACUCUUCAACAAGACUAUUUACAAUACCUGAUUGUUACAGA